AUGACAGAUCUCUCGUUGCAAACCAAGCUCGUGUCGCUCCCCGCGCACAAAGACCAGCACGGCGCCUCCGUUCCGCCGCUGUACCAGUCGACAACGUUCCGGCAAACGUCGCUCGACGAGGACGCCGCGCAGGCGUACGACUACACGCGGUCGGGCAACCCGACGCGUACGAUCGUGCAGCAGCAAGUCGCGCGUCUGUACGGCGUCGACAGCGACCAGGUGUUUGCCGUGAGCAGCGGGAUGACUGCGCUCGACGUGAUCCUGCGCAGUCUCGUGCUCAACAGCAGCAGCGGCGGCGCUAGCGCGCCGCCGCCUACUGUGAUCGCCGGCGACGAUCUCUACGGCGGUACGCAGCGUCUGCUCACGUUCUUGGGCGGGCGCGCGCAUGCGCGCGCCCUGCACGCAGACACGAGCGAUUUCGACCGCUUUGUUGCCGUGUUCGACGCACAGCCACGUGUCGACUGCGUCGUCCUCGAGUCCCCCACGAAUCCAAUCUGUAAAGUCGCAGACUUGCCUCGUCUCACCGCGUUCGUCAAACAGCGCAACAAAGACUGUCUCAUCGUGGUCGACAACACCAUGAUGAGCGGACUCAACGCGAAUCCUCUUGACUUCCAGUGCGACGUCGUGUACGAGUCCGCGACCAAAUAUCUCAAUGGCCACCACGACAUCAUGGCGGGUGUCAUUAUCACCCGGAAUCGUGCCCUGGCGCAACAGGUGUAUUUCAUAGUCAACUCGACCGGCUGCGGGCUUUCACCGCUCGAAUCCUGGUUACUCGUACGUGGACUCAAGACGCUUGGCGUCCGGUUGUACCAGCAACAACAUAACGCCAUGGUGCUCGCACACUGGCUCGAAAGUUCCUGCGGGUUCCGGCGCACGCCUCAAAACAAAGCGCUUGUGACCCGCUACGUCGGACUUCGGUCACACCCCCAAUUCCAACUACAUCGGUCCUUCAACCGUGGGCCCGGCGCAGUACUUUCGUUCGAAACGGGCUCCUUCGAACACUCCAAACGACUUGUGACCUCCAAAAGACUUCGGAUCUGGGCCGUUACGGUCUCGUUCGGGUGCGUCAAUUCUCUCAUAUCCAUGCCUUGCAAGAUGUCCCACGCCGCGAUCGAUCCCAAACUCCGCAAACAGCGUGAGUUCCCCGAGGACAUCGUGCGGCUCUGUUGCGGGAUCGAGAACAUCGCCGACUUGCAGCACGAUUUGCUCGCCGCCAUGAUCGACGCAGAUAUCGUCGAGUGCCAGGACAACGGUAAGACCAUUUUCAACAAGCUGAACGGCCUACGGGGGCCCAAUACUACAGGUAAAGGUGCUUUACCCAAUAUAUACGACGAAUUUUUCGGUGCACAUCUGGCCAGCACCGAAUCCCAGGUAGUACGCGCCCCUAAGCUUUAG